GCCGUUAAUAUUUGUCGGAGCAGGGCUCUGACAGCUGGCUGCCCUCUGGGUUUAUGUAAACACAACAUUAAACUUAAUUAAAAAAUAAAAAUAUGGAAAAAAUGUCGUUUGCACAAAAAUUUAAUAAAUUAAAACGUAAUAAGAAUUUUAAAUAUGGUAUACCAUUUUUAAUACUUAUGGUUGGCGGAUCCUUUGGUCUGCAAGAAUUCAGUCGCAUCAGAUAUCAGUUUUCUAAACAACAAACCGUAACGCCUGAUGAAAUGGAAGAACUUGGUAUUCCUAUGAAAAAACCUGAAGAGGUCACCAUAGAUAAGAUUUAUGAAAAAGUGAAAACUUUAAAUUUAGAUGACUGGGAAAAUAAAAGAGGACCCAGGCCAUGGGAGGAAAAUUUCAAUACCAACAAGUAGUAAUCAGUCAUAUAAGUUUAUUAUAGUUUUAUUUUAGUUAAACUUAAUGUUAACGUUAUGAAAAAAUGAUAACUUUAUAUUGUAAAUAAAUUUAUUUAGAUAAAAGAAA